CAUCCUCCGCAUGGGCCGCAAGAAGAACCCGGCCAUCAAGGCCACCGGCGCCACCUCGUCCAAGGCUGCGCCGUUGCCCGACUGGGUCAAGGGCGGCGCGCCCAAGCCGCCGGCCUACACCAAGGCGGCGCGGGAGGGCGCCGCACCGGAUGGCGCAGCAGCACCUGCGGCUCGAGCUCGUGCUCCGCCGCCGCCGUCGGCGCAGCAGUCGGCAACCAACGCGCAGCAGACGCCUGCCGGUCGGGCACCAGCGGCAGCGGGUGCAAUCGGCGCGCCGCAGCCCGACAACCGCCCGCCGCCGCUCUUCCCGCCGGGCGUCAAGCCGCCGGUCAGCGUGCUCAACGAGCGCGUGCAGAAGCAUCAUGCCGCCGCUGGCUGGCUGCGCCCCUCCAUCGAGCCGCGGCGUGCUCGCCGCGCCGUCGCGGCCGACGAGGGCACAGAUGGGGAGGCGUCGCAGGCUGAGAAUGGCGGCGAGACGGAGCCGGCUUGGAGCGCCGUCGUGGUCCUGACGAAGACGAACAAGGCGAACGCCAGUGAGCCGUUCGUUGUGCGCAUGGAGCCUAAGGCGCCGGGUGAGAGCAUGACGGAGUGGACUUCGGGCGAGCGCGGCAAGGACAUGGCGCGUCAGCUGGGUGCCGUGUACGCGCUAUUUCGGAUGUGCAACAACUUGAGCCUCAACCGAGUGCUGCCGACAGGCGGGCCGAGGGAGUACUGGUCUGCUCUGGAGGCACACAAGGCUGCGGCGCCUGCACAUCAGGAGUGGAUGUGGGCGGCGGACCCCUUCGAGGCCGCCGCCAAGCGCACCGCCGAGCAGGCAGCGAAGCAGGCCAAGCGCGAGAAGGAGGCAGCGGCACAAGAGCGCGGCGAGCCGACAAAGACGGGCGGCAAGCGCUGGGAAGAGGCGCGCGAGGUGCGCAUGAGUGCCAAGCUGCGCGAGCGCACCGAGGCAUGUGUGCGUGCGGCGCUGCAGAUCUAUCCUGCGGCUGCAGCCGACGACGAUGCUUCGCCAGGCCCGUCGGGAACUCAGACUCCGCAAGGUACAGCGCAGCCAGACGCUGGCGCCGUCGCAUCGCUCGUUGCGGAGCUGCAGAAGCUCGGCUUUCGUCCAGGCUCGGCAAAGAGUGCGGCGCGUUGGGUGCUCGCUGCACGCGCUGGCGUGGCGGAGGGCGGCGAGGCGGAGGCUGCGCUGCGGUCAGGCAUCAGCUCGCUAGGCGAUCGGGAAGCAGCGCUGGAAUACCUCGUGCUUUUCACGCCCGAGGCAGAGCUUCCCAAGGCCUUUGCGCCGAGCCAGUCGAGCGACUCGUUUGUCACGUCGUCUGCCGCCGGCAACGAGAAGGAGGAGCUGGCGCUGCGCUGGGGCGCCGAGCGUCUCGUCAAGCACGCCGGCUUCCCGCGACCGGCAGUCGUGCAGGCCAUCAAGGAGGCCGGCGCUGCGCUGCCAGACGCUCCUCUGCAUGUGCGCGAGAGUCUUGCGAUCGACGUCUUGCUGGCGCGUCUCGUGGGCGACGAAGCCGCCGCGCUGGCCGUCUGCAGCGCAGCGGGAGCACACGUCGCAGCGCAGCAGCAAGAUCCCGACGUCGAGGCAGAGCUGGCUCGCAAGCGCGCAGACGAGCGCAUGGCGCUCGGCGCCGUUCUCGGCGACGAGCGCAUUGUGGCUAUUGCGGACGAGGAACUCAGCCUGAGCUCGCGCGAGCGUGUCGGCGAGGCGUUUGACGUCGUCAUCGCCACGAGCAGCAAGAAGAACGGCGGAGACGAGCUUCGCCUGCGCUUCACUCCAGGCAUGGCAUCGCAGUACCCAUCUGCACCCAGCGAAGGCUUGCCGGCCCUGCCGACCUUCUACAUUGCGUCCAAGACGCUUCCCGCCUCGCUACGCCUAGCGCUGACGGCGCGCCUAGUGCGCGCCUCGCGCAACCAGCCCGACUGGCAAGAGAUGCUGGAAGCAGGCGAGGGCGGCCUCGCGCUCGCGAUGGUCGAGGAGCUCGAGACGAGCUGGCGCGCACUCGUCGACGACCCUCCAGACCUCGCUGGCGUCAUGCGCGGCCUGCUACCGGCUGCUCCGAAGGUGGAGCGCGCCGCGGCAGUGGAAGCGCCCGUCAAGGCGACACGUGCUGUUCGACCGACGAACGGCACAGCUCGUCCAGCGCUGCGCCGCGAUGCAGGCGUGGAUGCUCGCUUACAGGCGUUGCUCGACGAUCUGCGCAGCAACCCGGCGCAUCGGCCGAUGGCGUCUGUCCGGGCAGGCCUGCCGGCUGCGAAUGCGCGCGAGUCGAUCUUGAAGCUGCUCAGCUCGUCUAGAGUCGUGAUCAUUGCUGGCGAGACGGGCUGCGGCAAGACUACUCAAGUCCCGCAGUUCAUUCUCGACGCUGCGAUCGACGCAGGAGAGGGCAGCACCUGCCAGAUUGUCGUGACGCAGCCGCGCCGAGUCAGCGCGAUGGGCGUUGCUUCGCGCGUGGCAGAGGAGCGUGGCGAGAAGAUCGGCAGCGGUGUCGUCGGAUACGCGAUCCGUGGCGAGCGCAAGGCGAGCCGAGACUGCCGUCUGCUGUUCAGCACCACCGGUUUGCUUCUGCGUCGCCUAGCCACGGGCGACGUGAACCUGGCGUCGCUGUCGCAUGUCAUCGUCGACGAGGUCCACGAGCGCUCGGUCGACUCGGACUUUUUGCUGCUCGAGCUGCGCCGCGUGCUGCAGCGCAACCCGAAGCUGCGCGUGAUCCUCAUGAGCGCGACGAUCGACCAGCAGACGUUCUCCUCGUACUUCGAUGGCGCGCCGUGCAUCGAGAUUCCGGGACGCACGUUCCCAGUCGAGGACCACUAUCUCGAGGAGCUCGUGCCGAUGGCGCGCUUCCGCCCGUCGCAGCGCGGCUGGGGCGGGCCGCCGUCCAAGGCCAAGUCGGACAAGCAGGUCGCCGCGCUGCGUGCCAGCAUGGAGGCUGCGGGCCUGGCGGAGGACGACGUGCGGGUCGUCGAGGCGGUCAGCGCCAACGACCGCGUCGACUACGACCUGCUGGGUGCCGCCGCGAAGCUCGUCUGCGAGAGGGCGCAGCAGCAGGAGCGGGACGGGACAGUUGAGGCGUCGACUGGCGGUGCGAUUCUGGUCUUCCUCCCGGGUGUCGGCGAGAUCAAGCAAGCGAUGGAGGCGAUCCGUGCCGCUGCGCCGGGUCAAGUCGACAUUCUGCCGCUCCACGCCAACCUCUCGCCCGAGGAGCAGCGUCGCGUCUUUUUGCCCUCCGCACGAGGGCGCCGCAAGAUUGUGUGCUCGACGAAUGUCGCCGAGACGUCGAUCACGAUUCCGGACAUUAGCUAUGUCAUCGACUCGGGCCGCGUCAAGGAGACGCGCUUCGAGGCGGAGUCGGGCCUGACGCGCCUGGUCGAGUGCUGGGCGAGCCGGGCUGCGUGCCGGCAGCGGCGCGGCCGUGCGGGUCGCACGCGGGCGGGCGAGUGCUGGAAGCUGUUCACUCGGCACACCGAAGAGCGCUUCAUGAUGCCGCAGCAGACGCCCGAGAUGCGCCGCGUGCCGCUCGAGAGUCUGUUCCUGCAGGCCAAGGCGAUGAGCGACGACCUGGAUAUUAAGAGCUACCUGCAGGAGGCGCUCGACCCGCCCAGCCUGGCGAGCAUGGACAAGGCGCUCGCGACGCUCAUCGAGGUCGGCGCGAUCCACCAGGACCGCGGCUUCCGCAGCAGGCUCACGGCGCUCGGCCGGCAUCUGAGCAACCUGCCGCUUGACUUGCGCCUCGGCAAGCUGCUCAUCCUCGGCGCAUGCUUUGGCUGUCUCGCGCCGAUGCUCAGCGUUGCCGCGAUCAUGUCGUGCAAGCCGCUCUUCCUCGCGCCCUUUGAGCGCCGCGAGGAGGCCAAGCAGGCUCGCGAGCGCUUUGCCACCGGCAACUCGGAUCUCCUCACCGAUGCGGCGGCCUUUGCAGCCUGGGCACGGCUGCGAGCGCAGCGUGUGUCGAACGCAGAGCUGCGCGACUUUUGCGAGUCGAACUUCCUCUCGGCCUCGUCGCUGCGCGACAUUCAGUCGACGCGCUCCGAUCUGCUCUCGCAGCUCGAGCAGCUCGGCUUUGUCGCGUCGUCGUACAACGCCGGCGCCUUUUUCCGGGGCGAGCAGAUGCCGCUCGACGCCCACGCGCAGGACGUGAACCUGCAGCGCGCGCUGAUCCUCGCCGGCCUGUGGCCCUCGGUCGUGCGCGUGGCGCUGCCGUCGGCCAAGUACGACCAGUCGUCGUCGGGCACGAUCCAGCGCGAGGCCGAGGCCAAGUCGCUCAAGUACUUUGACGCCUCCGGCCGGCUGUUCCUGCACCCCACGAGCGUGCUCUUCAGCGCCAGCGCGCUCACUGGCCAUCUUGCGGUCUUCAAGAAGGGCGCGAGCGGCGACGGCCCGACGGCCAAGACGUACAUGCGCGACGCGACCGAGGUGCCGCUCUACGCGCUGCUGCUCUUCGGUGGGCGCCUGCAGAUCCACCACAUGAUCGGCGGCAUCAGCGUGGGCUCGAACAGCGUGGGCUCGAGUGAUGCGCAGGACAUUAAGCUGCGCGCGAAUGCGCGUAUUGGCGUGCUGUGCGGCCAGCUGCGGCGCCUUCUCGACGCCGUCCUUGCCGAUGCCUUUGACCGCGCCGUCGGCGACACGGGCGCGCGUGGCAGCACCGACACCGACGUCGUGGACACGAUGCGCGCGCUGAUCGCUCGCGAUGGCCUCGAUCCGCUAUAGACACAUAGAGCAAUGCAAGCAGUGAUGCUACUGCAGCUUGUCGCCUUG